UGAUCGACAUUGGUGCAUGAUUAAAGAAAAUAGUUUAUAAGAAGUUAAUAGCACGUCAGUAAUUAACUGACGGUGUAUGCUAUAGGUUAGAUUUGCUGCCUCUUUAAUCUUCUCCUGCCUAUAGUGCCAUCAGUACCCAGUUAGUGUUUGUUGCCUACAACUAAAGAUGAGAUUGACAUAAACGCGAGCUAUAUAUAGCAGACGACGCAAGUUCAAAGAUCGCUUGAAAACCCCCACCAGCACCCCUCACUCCGCGGGUGCUUGCAAAGUUCCAGAAAGUCAGAGCGAAGAUGCCAGGAAUGCUAGACAAGGUGUUGAUAGGAACAGCAAGUGCUGCAGGUGUGGGAGUAGUUGCCUGGCAGACAAAAUUUCCUUGGAUCAAGUAUGAUAUUCAGCUUAUAAAGCUUGGGCAGCGUUUGAAUAAAAUGCGUCAAGAAGUCUUGAAUAGCUUCUUGAUUGACAAGUUUGAGUCCCAGGCAGACAAGCAGCCAAAGAAGGCAAUGCUCAUUUUUGAGGACUCUGUGUAUACUUACGAGUUUAUUGAGCUCCAAUCCAACCGUGUGGCCAAUGCAGUGCGAUGUCUUGGACUCGGCUUUGGGGACACAGUCGCCAUGAUGAUCCACAAUGAGCCAGCUUUUGUCUGGACAUUUUUGGGAUUGCAGAAACUGGGGAUCUCGGUGGCAUUCAUCAACUUCAAUCUACGCGCAAAACUCUUGGUACAUUCCAUAUUAGCAUCGGAUCCCAAAGCUAUCUUCAUUGGACCUGGGUUUGACCUGCUUCAUGCAGUCAGUGAUGUACUGGAUGACAUACAGGGUCUCCCCAUUUACAUCCAGGGGUGUACUGGACAUGAGGUGCCACUGGGAAUGAAUGAUUUUGGCUAUCUUAUGGGACAGUCUUUACCUGUGAGGACCGAUCGAAGUGUGAGAAAAGACAUGACCAUGGAGUCAAUUCUUUGCUAUAUCUAUACGUCAGGAACAACAGGUCUUCCAAAGCCAGCACUUAUCAGCCAAGGCAAGGGUUGUUUGGCAGCAAUUGCAUUGCAAACAGUCAAUCUUUCAGCAGAAGAUGUUGUGUACACAUGCCUUCCUUUGUACCAUAGUUCCGGUAGUGGCAUCGGAUUGUGGGGUGUUAUAGAGAGAGGGGCCACAAUGAUUUUGGUAAAAAAGUUCUCAGCGAAACAUUUCUGGCCUGACUGCCGGAAGCAUGGUGCCACAAUUAUUCAGUACAUUGGAGAGAUCUUAAGAUAUGUGUUAGCACAUCCUCCGAAUGAACUGGAUGGUGUCCACAAUGUUAGGGCAGCAAUAGGAAAUGGUCUUCGCAAGGACAUUUUCAUGGCAGUGCAGGAGCGAUUCAAAAUUCCCUUUAUCUGUGAAAUUUUUGGUGCAACAGAAGGUGUGACAAUAACUGUCAACAUUGCCAACAAACCUGGGGCCAUUGGACGGUUGUCCCCACUGUUGAGCAAAAUUGAUCCAGUCCCAAAAGCGUUGGUCAAGUUUGAUUAUGCCACAGCUCAGCCAAUUAGAGAUAAAAAUGGACAUUGCAUUAAGGUCAAAAUUGGUGAACCUGGUCUGUUUUUGAGCAAAAUUCCAGAUGAGAUGCGCCAAGCAAAAGAAACUUAUAAGGUCUACAAGACAUCGCAAGAAGCCAGUGAAAAGAAGCUUGUUAGAAAUGCUUUUGCUGAUGGUGAUUUAUAUUUUAACUUUGGGGAUGUGUUUUACCUAGACAAGGACUACUUCUUGUACUUUCAUGACAGAAUUGGUGACACAUUCAGGUGGAAAGGGGAAAAUGUAUCAACAACUGAGGUGGCAAAUAUUCUUUCUUUGCUUCCUUUCAUCAGUGAUGCUAAUGUGUAUGGUGUUCAAGUACCAGGUCAUGAUGGGCGUGCAGGAAUGGCUGCAAUCACUCUCAAAGAAGGCGAUAAAAUAACAGAGGCACAGCUGAAGCAACUAUACCGGCUAUGUGAAGAUGACCUGGCAAGCUAUGCUCGCCCUCUGUUCUUGCGCAUUUUAAGCCAGUCAGUGCUGACAAGCACUUUCAAACAACUAAAAAUUGACCUUGUGCAAGAAGGUUAUGAUUUAACAAAAGUCACUGACCCUCUAUACUACCGUAAUUCCUCAGCACAGACAUACAGCACAUUGACUGCUCAAGUGUUGCCUACAUUUCUACAGUCACGGCUCUGAACAUGAGUUCUUCAGCUUAAUACCUGUAUAGUAUAUUGUCUCUGGAGACAUGAACAAGAGGAACCACAAAAUUUGCUUUCUCUCUCUUUUUUAUAAUUUGAGAGAAACGGCAAGAGUUGAUGUUGAGAUUCUAAGGGUACCCCCACAACCAGAGGCAUUAAUGGAAUGUUCAUUGAUGAGGAUAAUAAUGACUUUAGGAAGAAAAUGCUCGAUGCUUUGUCACAGUUUGUUCACAUCAUUAUUAUGGUGAUUGCAUAAUGUAAUUUAAUUCGCACUGUGAGGGAAGGGGGAGGAAAUAAAGUACUCGGAGAAAACCACCUACUAACCGGUACCACAUACAGCGAAUGUCCAGAGGCAAGGUCUGAACCCAGGGCCUUUCUGCACAUGUGUGUUAGUGUGCACGCGUGAGAGAGAGAGAGAAUUUGUCCGUGAAGUUAUAACCUGAGUAAGGCUAAGCCAUUUGAAUUAGAAAAGUAGCUUAUGCACACAAUUUUAUUUAGCUGUUGAAAGUGGAUUUUUCUUGCUCAAACUUAUAUUUUUAAGACAAUGAUUUAUACGAAAGAUAUUUUAUUGCAUUCUAAAGAUUGGACUAAGUUUAUUUGUAACAAAUUUACUUUCCAGCAUUGUCGGUAGUCAGUGAAUUCAAUAUCAACUGUAAUCUGGACUGUGUGCAUAAAUUACAAAGCAGCAAAAUCAUAAAAA